UUUAUGGGAGCUCACUAGGCACUUGCCAUUCUGAUUCAGAGGAUACGUUGUUACUGCCUUGUGACAUUAUUAAGUUCACAAUGAGAAAUUUUGAAAUUUUGUUCGUUCUUUGUUUCGUCUGCAGCACUGUUUCAUCAGUGAAUUGGCCGGAUGAUCGAUUCACGUUAGUCAAGCCAUGGUAUGGUUGUCCUCCGGGCUGGGCUCAAGGGUGGACUUACCAAGACAACGAGGAUAUAUCCAAUAAAAACUAUAUAACUUAUUAUCAUCACUUUUACGGGGAAAAAUUUGGACGAGAUUUCAAGUUUUACUACUGCUCAAAAAACUAUCGUUCUAACACCGGAAAACGGUGGCCACCUGGAAACUACUGUAUUUUGAGAGAUUUAAGUUGUCCAUCGGGGUUUUCCUCUGGCAGUGUAUUCUGGGAUGACGAAGAUACAUUCAAUGACAAUUCACAUGGGGGCUAUCUACCGGAUGGUUACUUUGGUAGUGAUACAAGGAUAGAUUACUGUUGCAGAAACGACGGCUAUUAUUUCAAUGCAAUAGAACUUCCGACCUCUCACCCGUUUUACCUACUGAGAUACACUUCCUACUGUCAGCGGGUCAAGGGAAUGCAUGUGAGGGAAGAAAUUGUUCGAUUUGAUGACGAAGACCUAGCCAAUAGAAAUUCCAUCUCAGGAUCCACUCCGAAGGGAGCAGGCGGACACGAUCACUUCCUGAUGUAUUGUUACUAUUGGAGUUAAAGUUUAAAAACUCACAAGUAAUAUAUUAUUGUUAAGAUCCUAGCUUAUUUACUAAAUUUCCCUCUUCCUUUGCUUCGGUAAAAGUGAUUACUAUAUAUAUAUAUAU